AUGGCAAAAGCCAAAUCGCACAGCAAUCGCAGAAACGAAGAGUCAUCGAAUCGCAAUCCGGAAGAAGAUGUUGGACUUCUCGCUGAAGAAGCAGGAAGUGAAGAUGAAGAUAUCAUAGUCCAUUCUGGACAGGCACACGAACAAGGACAUAAUGAAACACAUACACCUCGAACGCCCAAUCGUGUACGAUUCGAUUUACCACCGUCGCCGAAUGGCGAAUUGAAUGCGAGUAAUGGAGCGCCGCCUGUCUAUGAUGAUGAAAUACGUGCACAUCCCUCAUCUCGAACUCAAUCUUUUACACCCCUCCUAACAGGCAUCGAAGCACCCUCCGUAACUGUUGCCUCUAGUCCUUGGGACGACGACGAAGAUGUACAUACAUGGGCUGAACGCGAACGAUCUCGACCGAAGUCGAAUCUGCGGAAUGCAUUUAUGAAUAUGGCGAAUAGUAUAAUCGGAGCCGGUAUCAUCGGACAACCUUACGCAUUUCGUCAAGCUGGACUCUUGGCUGGAGUUAUUCUUCUGAUUGCACUUACGAUUACGGUAGACUGGACCAUUAGACUCAUUGUUAUCAAUUCGAAGCUGAGUGGACGAGAUAGUUUCCAGGGGACAGUGGAGUUUUGUUUUGGGAGGACGGGAUUGAUUGCUAUUAGUGUUGCGCAAUGGGCUUUUGCGUUUGGGGGUAUGAUAGCAUUUUGUAUCAUCGUGGGAGAUUCGAUACCGCAUGUUUUGACUGCGGUUUUCCCAGGAUUAAGAGAUGUGCCAGUGCUGGGGCUACUGGCGAACAGGAGGGCUGUUAUUGUAGUUUUCGUGUUGGGAAUAAGUUAUCCUUUGAGUUUAUAUCGGGAUAUCGCUAAGUUGGCGAAAGCAAGCACUUUGGCACUGAUCAGUAUGAUGAUCAUUCUAUUCACAGUUGUAACACAAGGAUUUAUGGUACCCCAAGAAGAUAGAGGGGAAUUCACCACACCCCUCCUCACCAUAAACGAUGGCAUCUUCCAAGCCAUUGGCGUAAUAUCCUUCGCCUUCGUCUGCCACCACAACUCCCUCCUAAUCUACGGCUCCCUCCAAACCCCCACCAUCGACCGAUUCUCCACCGUAACUCACUACAGCACCUCCAUCUCCAUGGUCGCCUGUCUCCUAAUGGCCCUCUCAGGCUUCCUAACCUUCGGUUCCAAAACCCUCGGCAACGUCCUCAACAACUUCCCCGCCACAAACCCCCUCGUCAACCUCGCCCGUCUCUGCUUUGGCCUCAACAUGCUCACCACUCUCCCCCUCGAAGCCUUCGUCUGUCGCGAAGUCAUGUUCAACUACUGGUUCCCCGGCGAACCAUUCAACAUGCAUCUCCAUCUCAUCUUCACCUCCGCCCUCGUCGUCAGCGCUAUGAUCCUCAGUCUCGUAACCUGCGACCUCGGCGCAGUGUUCGAAUUAAUCGGCGCAACGAGUGCGUGUGCCUUGGCUUAUAUAUUACCACCGUUAUGCUAUAUAAAAUUAACGACAAGAACGUGGAGAACGUGGAUGGCGGGCGCGUGUGUAGCGUUUGGGGGCGCGGUCAUGCUUAUUAGUCUUUUCCAGGCGUCGAAAAAAAUGAUUCUGAAUGAAGGGGGAGUGACGAAAUGCGAUUGGUAG